AUGCUCAUCAUCAUGCUCAUCAUCUGCGACUGGUCCCACGCGUCGCCACCGCUGCCCCACGAGCCUCCGCCCGCGCCCCAGGACGCCUGGCCCGCCUUUCUCGGGUCGGGCCGCGCGGCCUUGGUGUCGACGCCCUGGGCCUCCAGCUCCUUCUGGAUGGCGUCUGACAUGUCUCGAAGUCCCUGGCGCGCUUCGCCUGAACCCACUCGUCGAGCCUGGCCUCCGUCGCCGCGUCGUACGUGGGCGGCGCAGCCGCUGCCCCACCGCCACCCCACGAGCCUCCGCCCCCGCCCCACGCUCCUGCAGGCAGCCUCCGCCCGCGCCCCACGAGCCUCCGGCCUUCCUCGGAUCUGGCCGCGCCUCCUUGCAGUUGACGCCCUGGGCCUCCAGCUCCGCCUGGAUGGCGUCCGACGUCGUGAAGUCCCUGGCGCGCUUCGCCUGGACCCACUCGUCGAGCCUCGCCUCCGUGGCCGCGUCGUAGCCGCUCAUUGUGCCUGCCGAGUCGAGGGCCGAUUGCCGCGGGACGUCUCGGAGUUCCGCCGAGAGGAACGACCGAACUCAGCUCGCUAA